AUGUCAGCAGUAGCCUAUGAAGAAGAGUGUAGACUAGAAAAUGAUUUUACAUCUGACGAUCUCGUAGCCGGUCCGUCCAUGCUGAGACGUAUUGUCGCAGACUUGGGUAAAAAUGGUAUACAAUUCAUCCUACCUACGGCUGAUUCAGACUCCAUGGAACAACUGACAUAUGCACUGCGAUCACUUGCAAACAUUGGAGUUAAUCCGAAGUUUCUAAUCGAUGCAUGCCGAAAAAAUCCUCAGUUGUUUCGUAAUUUAACCACUAAGGGAGAGGAAGCAUAUCAGAUCCUUAAAGUACUUGUAACCUCAUGUGGAAUGACUUAUGAGGAUUCACUUCGAAUGUUUUCAAGCCAUGGUGACGAUCUGUUGGCUUGUUCCUCUGCUGAUAUUCAAGCUCGUGUGGACGUGCUUGUGAUAUGUGACGUGGAAUCCGGUGCUGCUUGUGGUAAAGUUGUGCGAAAAUGCCCCGCAAUUUUGUUUGCGAGAGAACCCAUGGAAAUGCGCAAACUGGUGGAAGCUUUAGGUGGAUUCUUUUCAAGAAAAGAGAUAUCAGCGAUUGUGCAAACUGUUCCUGAAGUACUGUUAAAAAAUAUUGAGGAACUGGAAGAAAAAUAUGAAUACAUUUUCUUUCACAUGUGUAUCGAAGGCGAUGAGUUCAAGGAAUGCACUAAUUGGGUGUUCAUGGACCUUGAUGACAUAAUGGUGCGGCAUGAGUUCCUGUUAAAGACCGGCCGAUAUACGACACCGGACGCAAAGCGUCCACAAAAGAAAAUGGAAAAUCCUCGAUUACAUCAAAUUUUGGAUUCCAGCGACGACAACUUUGCAGUGCAGGUGGCUGGUGUAACACGUGAAGAGUGGGCAGUAUAUUGUGCUUUUUCCGAGUUGAUGUCGAAUCGGAGCGAUAAGGAACGUCCAUAUGAAAGAGUGAAGCCAUCGAUGAGGAAAGCGUUUGAAAGAAAAUGGAAAGAAGAAAAAGUUCUCGAUGAUUACACGUUCGAUGUGGCAUUAUCACAUCGAGCAUAA